ACAGUUAUUAUUUUAUAGAGAAAAACCAUAAAUAAAACUAUCUUCAGACAUCUCUGACUCUCUCGUCACACACACUGGUUCACUUCCUUUCUCUCAUGGCAACUUCUUUCGCACCGUUUUCCAUUUCAGGAGGAUCUCAUGUGAAGUCAGGUGAGCUGUUGUUAACAAGGCCUUACUCAUGUGGAUUUGGACCUAAGAUCAAUGUUCAAAGAAGAUCAAACCUUUUGAUCAAGAAGAACAACCGCUCUUCAUCAAUUUCUGCUGAAUACCGUGAUAAUGGAGGAGGUGGAGGUGGGGAUUUUCUUGCUGGCUUUCUUCUGGGUGGUGCAGUAUUUGGAACUGUAGCUUAUAUCUUUGCUCCCCAGAUUAGAAGAUCUCUGCUGAAUGAAGAUGAGUAUGGGUUUCGCAAGGCGAAAAGACCAAUAUAUUACGAUGAAGGGUUAGAGAGGACUAAGCAGACCUUAAACGAGAAGAUAAGCCAGCUAAAUUCUGCCAUUGAUAAUGUAUCUUCCCGUUUGAGAGGUGGCAAUAACGUGCCUGCUUCAAAGAUAGAAAGUGAUCCUGAAGUGGAAGCAACUAUGUGAAAAUUCGUGAACUAUGACGAAUUGAAGUUCGAUGUUGUUUUCACGGAUUGGAGGAUAAAACUCUUGUUGCUGAACCGAUAUAGUUUUUCUUUAUGCUGAACUAAUAUAGGUAAAGCUGUCAAUUUUAAACUUUUGCACCCCUUUGGUAAUGGAUCAUUUUUGUUUCUGUGCAUGAUGCUGUUUGGAUUGUGGGGGCAUUCUGCAAUCAUACUUGGUGUUUAUUGUUUGUUAUUUUGAUAAAUACCAAAUACAAUGAACAAAUUCA